CGAGUAGGAGAUUUUUCGGCUGAAACAAGGAACAAUCCGACUUUUUUUUUGUUGCACAUGCAAAUAUAGUUAAGCGCUAACAAUUAAUUCAUUUUAUUUUCAUAAUUGUGCGUGUGCGGGUGGCGCAAGCAGACAGCAACAGUGAUAAAUAGAGCAGACGACAACAUAGUUGCUGGCAAACUGCGAAUACGUCGUGUCAUUCCGAAAAAAAGAAGAGCACAGCGGCGAGUGAAAUACAAAUAAAUAUUUAUUGGGGCAGCAGCCGCCCCACAACGCACUGUUCAGAGGCCGCCCGCACCCAAAAAAAAAACAUGUUAAAUUUGCUGAAAACAAACUGAAAUUGGUCUUUGGCAUAUCCCAUUUAUAGCAAAAAUUCAAUGAGUGAAGCUUAUUGUGCUCAUGUGCUGUGCAUAUCCUGAGAUACGUUCAGAAACGCUAAGGAACCAAGUGCAGCGACAGUCGUCAGCAUUGCCAACUGCGUUGCAAGUGUAGCGCAGUCGUUACAAUUAUGGCGCAGCAAACACAGCCGGUUGCUCAGCAGCAGCAGCAACAGCAACAGCAACAACAACAACUGCAGCAGCAGCCGCCGCAGCAACAGACAGCGCCGCCGCCAGCACCAGGAACACCAGUGUCGGCACCAUCAACGCCGCAACCGCCGCUGCUUAACAAUAACAAUAACAACAGCAACAUUGUUUCUCCCAACCAUAACAACAACAACAAUAAUAAUAAUAAUAAUAAUAACAACAACAAUAAUGCGCCGCCGCCUGUUGCCUUCUAUAAUCAGACGCAACAGCCAAUCUAUAUACCACAUGCUGCACAACAUGCGCAUAUGCAACAAGCAGCGCAUAGCUCCAUGUACCAUCCUCAAGUCAUACAAACGCCAGUGCCCAGCAAUGUGUAUGUAAACAAUGUGACAGCUAAUGUGAAUGUUGCCUGGCCGCAUUAUGUGGGUGGUGCUGCACCGCCGCACUAUGCUACACACCCUGAAAUACAGCCGGAUCAGGGUAAUCCAGUGAUGCAACAACUGCCUCCCAUGCAGAUACAUCAAGGCAAUCCCAAUGGCCACAUGACAACACCUUCUAUGGGCGGACGCGGACGUGGUCGUGCACGUGGACGAGGGGGUGGCUUGCGUCGCAAUGAUUUUCAUGCUGCACGCCAUAUGCAGCAACAACAGCAGCAGCAUAUGCAGCAGCUGCAGGCGCCACCAGAAAGCGCUAGUCAAGCGCCCAAUGCUAUGCAACUGCAGCAGGAGCAAUUGGCUCCACAGCCGCUACCGCAUGAAGCGCAACUACAGCCACAGCUGCAAUACUAUCCACCUCAGUACGCCUUUGGCGCCUAUCCGGCUGCUUACUUUACCUCGCAUCACGGCCCCAUUCAGGCGGCGCCAAACGCAGCAGCAGCUGCUGCCGCACAGCAGGCCACUGGGGCGCCGAUCUACAUUUCCACCGUGCCCCUCUAUGCAAAUAGCCCUUAUAGUUAUAUGGGUAACUACUUUUAUUCUAUGCCUAUGCCUCAAGAGUAUCCGUUUAUGCCCGAGGAUGGCGCCCAGUUGGUGGGCCAAGGUGGCGCGGUCGAUGAACGGCAGGCGCAAGAGUUGCCGCUGUGGCAGCCAGCGCCUAACUAUGCUGCUGAGGAAUAUCAGGAAGGUGUGCAUGUCAAUGGCGAUGAGCUAAACCACAAUAGCUCCUCGCUGGCCUCCUCCGAAACAUCCAGCAUGAUUAGCCCAAAUUACCACAUAUAUUAUGAUUCGCUGCAGCUGCACGAGAUGCAGCAACAAAUGGGCGUCAUGCAGAUAUACGACGAUGGUCAGCUGGCCUCGCUGCAAGAGAUGCAUCCAGUUGCUGGCAAUGUGCCACAGUACGAGGAGGAGCUGUCAGAGUGCGGUGCUGCACCGGUUGCCGCCAUACCUGUAAAUUGGACAAUACCUGGUAAGGCGCAGGAAGCCCUGACACCGCCGGCACCAGCUAUGUUGCAUGUUCCCACUACGCAUAUCAUACAAGCGCAGCCCCCGAUCUGCAUUGAACCACAGCAGCACCAACAGUUGUCGCCGCCACCACAUGCCGCUCCAUCGCAGGCACAGGCACCCACGCCACAAGAUACGUUGGUUGAUAAAACGCAGCUGAUGAACAAUAACAACGAUGCGGCUUUGGAUGAUGCUCUGAUGGUUAGCACCGAGAAACAGCAACAACUGGAGCUGGAAUAUCAACAGCAGCAGCAACUGCAACAACAACAGCCACAACUUGAAAAGUCGCAAGCUGGCAGUUUGAUGGUUUCAGUUGCUACUAUUGCACCACAGCAACAUCAGCAGCCAGCAACAGCUCAGCAACAUCAGCAACAACAAACUUCGCCUGUGGUGCCGCCGCAACAGCAACAGCAACCACAACAACAACAGUUAGAGUCUGCACACACCGUCAACUACCAUGAGCAACAUGUGCAUCACCAGCAGCAGCAAUCUUCUCAACAACAGCCAGCUCAACAGCAACAGCAACAUCAGCAGCAACAACCGCCACAGCAGCAGCAGCAUCAUCAACAGCAGCAGCAGCAGCAGCCGCCUCAGCAGCGUAAACCUGUGCAACAGCAAUACAACAGCAAUGCACAGCAACAACAGCAGCAGCAGCAGCAGCAAAUACGUCGCAAAUACUCCUCGGAGUACAAUCAGCAACAGCAGCCGCAUCAUCAUCACAAUCAUCACCAUCAAGGCAGCAACGAUACUGCCAUACAAACAACCAAGACUAUGUCUUGGACUAACUCUGCACAGCACAAGAAGUCGACACAAUCUGUAGCAGUUACUGCCUCACCAAAUACUGUUAAUAAUAUUGCUGCCGCAGCAACAACAGCGACCACUGCAGCAGCAUCAACGGCAGGCAGUGGAUUUAAUAAGCAGUCAACUGGCACUGCUGGUGGUAGCUUUAGCCAUCCUACCAAGACUUUUACAAAUCAGCAACACUACCACCAACAGCAGCAGCAGCAGCAUCAAAACUACCAAACAGGCUAUAAUAGCAACAACGGCAACAAUGCCAACAGCAGCAACAACAACAACAACAAUCAGCCACAAGUGCGCACAUAUGGAACUAUGAAGGUGCCCUCAUCGCCAGUGGCUAGUUCAGCGCCGCAGCUGGAACGCAAGAACAGCAAUCAGCAGCAACAACAAUGCAACAAUACAGCUACAACAACUACCUCAACAGCGAGCAUUACAGCAACGCCGCAACAAUUUAAACAACAGACGUCCAUUGAUAGCCAGUCCAAUAGCAUAAGCAAUGCGCCAGUGCAGCCGCAACAGCAGCAACCAGCAGCAUCUGGAAAAUCUUAUGUAAAUCCCUCUGGCAAAAGCAAGCCGGAGGCAUCAUUUAGUGCUGCCGCAGCCACAUCAACUGCGCAGCCAGCACUUAAUUUAGCACCACCAGCACCGCCCGCCUCGCAGAGCAGCAACAACACGGAGAGCGGACAGCCCUCCUGGGCCAGUCUCUUUGUCAGCAAGAAGCCAGUGGCCAAGGUGGCGCCCUACGAGGGCAACAAGUCACAGCAGCAGCCGCAGCAGCACCAAAUGCAGCCACAAGCGCAAUUGCAAUUAGUGCCGCCGCCACAACAGCAGCAACAGCUACAAAUCCAACCACAGCAGCAGCAACAUCAACAGCAACCACAACAGCAGCAGCAGCAGUUGCCCUGCACUAACGUGCAUCAGCAAUUGCAAUCACCGACACCAGUGCCAGCGCCCACAACACCGCUGAUUACUCCCGGCGCACUUUCUUAUUCAGCCGCAUCGGCACAGGCUCUGCCCGCUGCCAGCAACGCUGCUGCGGCUGUGGCUGUGGCUGUGGCUGCCUCUCCCGCCUCUGCAGCUGUCAAACCGCUAAAGUCUGAGACAGCGCGUGCCGCACAGCUCGAUGAGUGGACCAACAAAUAUGCCGAGUUUCUGACACGGCACAAGACCAGCUUGACUGCCGUUAGCCUGCGGCCGCGUGGGCUAACCAAUCGUUCCAAUUAUUGCUAUAUUAACUCCAUACUGCAAGCGCUGCUCGGCUGCGCGCCAUUCUAUAAUCUGCUGCGCUCCAUACCCAAACAGGCGGCACAGCAGAGUGAGGUCAAGACACCCACCGUGAAUGCCAUGAUGUCCUUCAUGAGCAACUUUUCCGCACUGCCCAGUGGCUCACGUCAGCGUCUGAGCAACAACAGCAAGGCUGGCCAAAUUAAGGGCAAAGAUGAGUUUGCUGGCAUGGAUCUGCAUUGUGAUUUGGCCUUUGAGCCCACUGAGAUAUAUAAGCUCUGGAAUGACAGCCGCGAGGAGCAUGUGGAGGGCAGACAAGAGGAUGCUGAGGAGUUUUUGGGCUAUGUGCUUAAUAAGCUCAACGAUGAGAUGCUUGAGGUUGUCAAGUUGAUUGCCAAACCAGUUGCUCAACAAAAUGGUGAGCAGGAGCAGGACCAGGAAGAUGGCGGCGAUGUCUGGCAGAUGAUCUGCAACAAUCGCAACAAGGGCAGCGUGACACGGCAAACAGAUUUCGGACGCACUCCAAUCAGCGAUAUAUUCCGCGGUGAGCUGCGCUCUCGUCUGCAACGCGAAGGCGAACACUCUACAGAUGUGAUACAGCCAUUCUUUACCUUGCAACUCAAUAUUGAGAAAGCUGCUUCGGUAAAGGAGGCGCUGGAGAUUCUGGUUGGUCGUGAUCAGCUUGAGGGCGUCACUGGCAGCAAGACCAAGCAGGAGGUCGUUGCCUGGCAGCAAAGUGCUUUUGAUUUUAUGGUCGAGCACUUUUUGCAUUUAAAAUACUUUGACUAUCGAUCUGAUGGCUGCACAAAGAUAUUGAAGAAGGUUGAGUUUCCGGUGGAGCUCAAAAUCGAUGCCAAGAUACUCGGCUCCAAAAAGACUUCACAAAAGCAACGCGCCUAUCGCUUGUUCGCAAUUGUCUAUCACGACGGCAAGGAGGCAUCCAAGGGUCAUUAUAUCACGGACGUCUUUCACACCGGCUACAAUAGUUGGUUGCGCUAUGAUGACAGCUCGGUGAAGCCAAUUGCUGAGAAGCUAGUGCUACAGCCGCACACACCGCGUGUGCCUUACUUAUUAUACUAUCGCCGCUGCGAUACGCUGCCUCCGAUGCAGACCAGCAAUGGUGGCGGUCCUGGCCAGCCUUCGAUGGGUGCCACCCAUGCCAAUGCCAACGCCAAUGCCAAUGCUGCUAGUGCCACAUCAUCAAACACAACAGCAGUCAACUCGGCGAAUAAUAAGUGAUGAGUGAAAUGAGUUGUCAUAUGUAAAGAGCAAAAUGAAAGGAAGCCAGAUAUUGGUUAUCAAUAUAACAAAUCUUAUUUUUAAAAGCCUAUUUUUAAGCCCAAAGUCCAAAGCGCAUGUUAGUGUGAGUGGUGGAUGUUGUGUAUGAAUGUGCGUGUGUUUUUAAAGUUUAAAUACUAUGUAGUACCUAGCGUUAAGAACAAGCCGUAGCUCUAAGUGGAUAAACGUUUAGUUGUGCAACAGCAAAAACACAAAAACACAAAAACAGCAAACAAUUCGUUGAAACGAAAUCUUUGUACAAAUGAAACUAACUAAACAGCGAGCAAAUCAUCAUUUAUAUUUACAUAUACCUAUAAUGUUAAAAACCUAGCUCGUAAGCCAGCUAAUUUCAGCAUGCCCAAUUUCCUAAUCCGCACCUAAUUUUCUUGAUGGCUCAAAGCGCAGCCGUGUGCAUUAUAUAUACAUAUAUAGUCUUAGGAAUCCUACGAUAUGACAAACCUUUAGAGCUGUACAUAGUUGUAAAACUUCAUAUGAUUGUAACUGUAGAAAAGAUCUAUACACUUUUUGUUUUGUUUAUCGCAUGCAACAUGCAUUUUUAGCGACAGAGCAAGUUAACGGCCGUUUAAUAAUUGAAAACAAUCAAUACAUACAUAUAUUUUGAAAAUGCUUUGAAUAUGCUUUAAUACAAACAAAUUUGAUAUGGUUAGGCUUUGUAUUUAAUACAAGACAUGUAUACAACAUAUAUAUUAUAAGUAUGCAGUUAAA